AUGGGACUGGAGCGCUUGUUUUAUGCAGCGGGAGAAUGUGGACAACACAGAGGGACAAGACAACGGCCUCCUUUAACAGGAGGUGGCGGCUCCAACGUGGGCCACGCACGCUGUGCGCCUCGUGCGCGCACCCGCAGGCAGCAGGAGGAGGGGGAGAGACGCGGGGGAAUCGAGGUCCAGGACUACGGUCUGGCCUGGCUCGCGUGGUCACCUCCAGGCUCUCACUCUACAACCCUCAAAUCAGGUUCCAAACGAAAAUGGAUGAUCAAGGAAGAAGAAGAGGAGUUUGUGUCAGAGGAGGGAGAAGAGCAGGCCCAAGAGGGAGAGGAGCAGGUCAAAGAGGAAGAGGAGCAGGUCAAAGAGGGAGAGGAGCAGGCCAAGGAGGGAGAGGAGCAGGUCAAAGAGAGAGAGGAGCAGGCCAAGGAGAGAGAGGAGCAGAUCAAAGAGGGGGCGGAGCAAAAGGCAUUAUGA